AUGAAGGAAGAGCGAGAGCCAAAGCCCGCACAAAACGUUACUACCGGAAUGAAACAAGAAUUCGAAGAUGAUGCGUGGAACAAUAAUCCAGCCCGGAGUAAUGUACCCAAAGAGGAGGGGGAAAACCACGAAGAACCGUCGGAAAACCCAAAAGCGGUAUUAAAUGAUUGUCUGCAGCGGUUCGCGAGUGUGGACUAUAUCAUGGAGCCGGGAAUCUUUGGUCAGCUGAAGCGUUACUUCCAGGCUGGUGGCACUCCGGAACAUGUAAUCGAUCAACUAUCAUCGAACUAUGCGGCAGUAGCUCAAAUGGCAAAUCUUCUCGCCGAGUGGCUUAUCAUGGCUGGUGUGCGCGUGACUGACGUACAGGCGAUGGUAGAGAACCACCUGAAGGACAUGAUACUGAAAACGUUUGAUCCAAAGAAGGCGGAUAAAAUUUUCACCGAAGAGGGCGAAACACCUGGCUGGUUGACGGAGAUGAUAGAACAUCAUACCUGGCGCUCGUUAAUUUACCGCCUGGCGGAAGAAUACCCGGAAUGUCUAAUGUUGAACUUUACCAUUAAGCUAAUAUCGGAUGCCGGGUUCCAGAGUGAGAUUACUUCGAUAUCGACCGCCGCCCAGCAGAUAGAAGUGUUUUCACGCGUGCUAAAGACGGCCAUCGCCAAAUUUCUGAGCCACCCAGAGGACUGGCAGAGCGCGAUUGAAGAGGUGGCAAAAAUGGUAUGCCACGGACAGCACACGUAUCUGUACAGCCAGGUGCUGAUACAGGUGCUGUCACAGGAACCCAAGGGUGGAUUCAUUAUGAAACGUCUUUCACAAGAAAUUACCAAAUAUGCGCUAAAGAACAAUCACAACGUAACGCCAAUCACGAUGGCUUUGAAUGGUUCUUCACGUCAUCCUCAAGCAUGCGAGGCGCUUACAUCGAUGCUGUCCCGCAACACACUCAACCCAGCAGAUAUAACCGUGCUGUAUCGCAACUACACCUCCCCUGAACCGCCUCCCAUCGAUUUGAUUCGCAAUCCACAGUUUCUUGAUCUGCUUGUCGAUUCGCUGUUCAAGGUGGGAGUGAAGAUUAACCAGGAGCACAAAUCGAAGUACAUCUAUCUGCUCGGAUACGCAGCAAGCGUAUGCGAGAUACCGUCAAAGAAAGGACAACCGAAAGGGCACCGGGUUCUAAACAAGGAUGAACUGAAGGCAACGAUUAUUGCCAUCGAGAAGGUCCACGCGAUAUGCAACGUGAGUCGUGGCUCGAGCGAGCUGAUUCCGGACAUCUCCACCCUGUACAGCUGCAUCCGGUUCCCGGUGGUUGGGGUGGGUGUGAUCCGUUGGGUGGAAAACACCGUCACCGAACCUUCCUACUUCAAACUAUGCACCGAGAGCUGUCCGCUACAUCUCGCAUUGUUGGACGAAGUGGCAUGCGUACAUUCGUCGCUGCACGACCAAAUUUUGCGGCUGCUGGUGCGGUUGUUUGAGUCGAAACAGGAUGAGCUCGAGAUACUGGUGCAGCUGGAGUUGAAAAAGAUGCUGCUUGAUAGGAUGGUGAAUCUGUUGGCGCGUGGAUGCGUCGUUCCGGUGGUGAAAUACAUCAGCCAGUGUUGCACGAAGGGCGACACGGAUAUUUCACUGAUACGGUAUUUUGUGACGGAAGUGCUCGAAACUGUUACGCAUCCGUACUCGAGCGAGUUCGUUCAACUGUUUCUUCCGAUGGUGGAAAAUGAGGAAAUUACUGGUUCAAUGCGCGGUGAAGGUGAUAACGAUCCAGUUUCGGAGUUUAUAGUACACUGCAAGGCGCACUACACGACACUAUAG